AUGAGUGAUAAUGAUAUCGAAUCCGAAUCAUCUAUUAUUAAAGAACAUUCUUUAAUAAAUUCUGAUACUUGGAUCGAUGAUUACAAAAAACAGAUUCAAUCCCCAGCAAAUCAUUAUGAAAAAAAACCUACUGUGCCUGACUCAUUAGACCCUAAAAAAUGGAAAAAUUAUCGAGAAGACUUAUCCAAUUAUUUAGAAUAUAUCAAUUUAGAACCAAUUUAUUCUGAACUUGCCUUUAUCGAUAAACUAUUAAAAGAUUUUCCUAAUGAUUCUGAUCAGAAGAUAAUCGAAGAAUAUAAAAAAACCGUACAAGAUAAAAAUAGACCCAAUACCAAGCAUUCAAAAAAGAAGGAUAGUCAGAAGGACAAAACUGAUUCAUUUUAUCAAAGAAAAGGAAAGCGUAGUCAUAAUGUAAAAUUUGCUAAAAAUUUGUUAACAGCGACACGAAAAUUAGGGAAUAAUGAACUUAGAAAAAAUUUUUUUAAUCGGGCAAAAUUUACGAUGUCUAUAUUGACUGAUAAGGAUAUUACACCAAUAAUAGAUGAGUUUAAGGAGUUAUUUAAGGAUUUUCAAAAAAUUUAA